UUUAUCACUUCAAAGGAACUUAAAAUUCCUUCAAUUCUAGAGCAGAAUGACUAAGAAUGUGAAGAGGGAGGACGCGGAGAAAGAGUGGGAGGACAAGGAGGAACUGAAUGGUGCGAGGGACGACUUGAACAUACACGUCAAGUGUGUAACUGACGAGGAGAGCGGUUUGGUACUAUUUGCAGAAGCUGGCAGUGAUUUUGUAGAUGCUUUGCUAACCUUCCUUCGGUUGCCGUUGGGAACGAUUGUGAAAUUCGUAAAGCCUCUCUACUACACUAAGGCCAUUGGUAGCUUGACCACUCUGUACAAUGGCUUAGAAAAUCUUGACAGCAUCCAUUUUCUAAAUAAAGAUGCUAAAAGCAUGCUGCUAAGUCCGAAGGGUCUUGUUUCUAAAUAUGAUUGGCCUAGAUAUGAAUCGGGUUUCACUGAAAGUACAGCUUCCUUCACCAUACGUGAUGAUCUGUGGGUGAUGGGUGGCGUGGAAGGCUCCGUCAUGUCUACUCUCGACUGUCUUGGCGCCGACUUGAUAGAUAUGGAAGAGGCUAAGAUAAAGGAUGUAACUUUCGGUCUUGCUGAGGUUAAAUCCGUACUAAUGUUUCUGUUUUAAAAAUUUGAUCUUUUGGAAAAUAACGACCGUUUGAAUGCAUUGAUCAGAUUCUGGAAUUACUGCUGAUGUCAAUGUAUGCCAAGUAUCCACUGUCAUGCUACGUGUUCAAGCACUGUCACCCUAACAGCGGAGCAAUGCAGGGGAAUUCCCUGAAUCAGAUUGGCAAGAAAAACCUUUCGAUGAACUCCAAGAAGAUGGUUUUGAAAGCCACGAUGCAAAAAUCUACUAGCAAGUUACUUUUUGCUCAGGCACAACACGACUUUGUGAGUUUUCUUUUCGGUUUGCUCAGCAUUCCUUUAGGAAGGGUAGAGUGGUAUUUUCACAGCGACACCGGACUUAGGGCCAUUGAUAAUUUGCACAAGAGCAUUUCAGAUAGUUUGUUCAGAAACAGACUGAUGGAUCUAAAGAAUAAAAAUAUGCUAUCCAAGCCAUCCUUGUCUGACAACAACAAUGAUGAUGAUAACGAGUAUAUUCCCCUCAAUUUCGACCCGACUAGAAACCAGUCACAUGUUAGAGGAUCAAGAAUGUAUAUGGUAAGUGAUGAUUUAACCGUUGCACCGUUGAGCAUAACCUCUAGUGUCUCUGUUAUCAAGAAGAUGAAGGUCCCUCUGUCUGACGUGGAAGAAGUGGAGCUCAAAGUUGGGUUGGAAGAGGGUUUAAGCAUAUUGAGAGCGGCUCUUACAUCGACCAAAGCCCUGACUGAAGGCCUUAUAAAGCCAAUGCUGAAGAAUCAAGAAAAGCAACAAAAUUAAGUCAAUCAAUCCUCGUAGACUCAUUUUGAUGUAUAGACUUAUUUUGUGACAUAGUUGAUCUAAUCCUAGGCUGAUUUCACUAGCAAUUUGCGCUUCUUUUUUUGCUACAUGUGUUCUAGUUUUAGCACUUACUCAUCAUUUUCUAUUAAGCAUAUUUCUUACCAUCUUCUGUUAA